CUAUGAUGAAAAUGACAGGCCUCAUCUUUUUAAGUGGGAGGACUUGCACAAUUGGUGGCUGACUAAAUACUUUUUUUGCCCCACUGUACCUAUACAAUACAAUGACUCCAGUAUAGGCUGACCCCUACCAAGUUACCUAUACAAUACAACUGUAGGAUACUUCACCCCUGAAUGAUUAUACUGCAACAACCAAUAUGGCAGUAUCUUUGACCAAUUAGGCCUAAUUGUCAAAGAAGUAAUAACAGGUGAAACUGCACACAGCUUUGUAGUUCAAUGUGCAGAAUGUUUAGUUUAGUUUGGACCAUCUUUAUGCUCAAGGCGGGAGUUAUUUUAUCCUUCUUUCCAUAAUGGUGAUAUGAAAAACCAAAAUGGUGUGAUGAAAAGCUCUCAAAUUGACUGAUUCAACUGUUUUCUUACCAGAGACGUAAUGUGUCGUCUCCAAAUGUUUACAACUGUACUCAUCAAUAUUUAAAUUAGGUCUGCUGUAAAAGGUUACGUUUUCUUUCUUUCUUAUACAAGCAUGCCACACAUGACUGGGUGACCUGAAACCAAUGAUGACUCAGUAUCAUUUGUGGGAGUACUGUACAUGCAACAGAGUAGUGUCACUCUUGUGCAAAGCUCUGCAGUGCAAACAUUACACCCUUUUAUGGCUUCUCUGCUACUUGGGAUACAUGGUUUAGGGUAGUGGUAGGUCUUACCUUACCAUCACUCCACAGUGUGUGUUCUUAAAUUCAAUCUGGAGUGCUUAGAGUGCGCUCGUAAAUUCAUCAGUUAUUCUGCGCUCUGGCACACUCGGACGAGAGUGCUCUGAAAUUGGAGUAGAUAUUGCCAGAGUGAAUUUACGAACGCACCCACAGAUUCACACACAAAAUAGGCAAUAGCUACACUUUUCCAAAUCCUAUAUGGCUCCACCCUGAAGGAUCUGGUGAUGAUGGGGUGGGUGUUUGUGUGAUAACGGUGCUUCUGGUUCCUGCUUGCUAUUCUUAAUUUGAUCCGACGCAUGUCUCUUCCAGCAUGGCUCUCUGUGUUCUAAUACUGGCUGUAUUGAUGCUGUCUCAGGAGGUUGCAAUCAAACAACGUCAGUCUAUUCUCCUCAACUUGACUCCCUGGUGGGAAAAAAAAAUUAAGAAUUUGUGCACUAAAACCAAUCAACAUUUUGAAUUUAAAAAAAAUCCUUUGAAAAACUGUUUAGAAUGAGAAAUGAAUUUGGCUUUGUGAAGUAAUGAACAAAGUGCUGUUGUGUAAUAUAAUUUACCAUCAACUGUGAUUAUUAGAGGCAGUAAGCAUGGGCCACAUCUGGCCUGUACAAUGCAAUGAAACCAGUUCAUGCAGCUCAGAAACUUCUCAGUAAACCCUGUUACUAAUACUGAAGGUUUUCCUUGUCAAUUGACCCCAUAUUUUUUUUGUCUUCCAGUGUGUAUUAACCUCUUUUGGAAAGUGAAUCGCAUGCUCUGAAAGAUGGACAUUUGUACGUGUUUCCCCCGGUUCAUUUGGUUAAUCCUUUAAUUUCAAGUUACCGGCUCUUUUCUUUCCUUCCCUGUUUCUUCUCAUCUUAACCACCAUUACUCUGUGUCUUCUCAUCUUAACCACCAUUACUCUGUUCUUCUCUACCAAAUGUUACUGCCUACUUCUGUAACAUUUCCACUUUUCUCCCCAAUACUACAUCUUCAUCCAUGACUUUUCAUUUGUUUUUCUGUUUUUCUCUUCUUUCUACACCCCUUCCCCCUUUUUGUUGUCCUGUCUUCAUCCCAAUCAUGAUCUGUUUCCUCUUUCAUUUGCUUUGAACCCCUGUCCCCGAUCAUACCAUGCCCUGCCGUGCCCUGUGUCCCCCGUCCACCUCACAACCACCACCUCCACCUGCAUUGUCCUUCGAUGACUCCCACCCGUACCCCAUUCCUCCCUCCUGUGUGUGUCUCCCCUGUGUCUCUGCCUCCCCACCCUUCUCUCUCCCAGAGACCAUGUCAGUGCGGGGCAGUGGCACUGGCAGUUUGCGGGGUUCAGUGCGAGGCAGUGGUGGUGGAGGCUCGUUCAGCAUGCACUCCCUGCUCCAGUCGUACGGCUCCGCCCUGCGCCGACCACACAGCCUGGGCCGCAGCCUCAGCUCCUAUCUCAACCACACCACACGCCUGGAGAUAGUUCAUGAAGAUGUGAAGAUCGGCUCUGAUGGGGAGAGUGACCAGGUCUCGGCCACCUCUUCUGAUGAAGUACACAGUCCUGUCAGGGUCCGCCUCAGGAACAACUCUGUACGCAAGAUAUCCACCGAGGAUAUAAACAAGCGGUUGUCCUUGCCUGCGGACAUCCGUCUCCCAGAUGGCUACCUGGAGAAGUUCUGUCUGAACAGUCCUCUUUUUGACAAACCUCUGAGCCGGAGGCUAAGGAGAGUCUCCCUGUCCGAGAUUGGCUUUGGGAAGCUGGAGACCUAUGUGAAGCUGGAUAAGCUAGGAGAGGGAACCUAUGCCACGGUAUACAAAGGGCGCAGCAAGCUGACUGACAACCUGGUGGCUCUGAAAGAGAUCCGAUUGGAGCAUGAGGAGGGGGCUCCCUGCACUGCCAUCAGAGAAGUGUCUCUGCUGAAGGAUCUGAAACACGCGAACAUAGUGACCCUCCAUGACAUCAUCCACACGCAGAAGUCUCUCACGCUGGUCUUUGAGUACCUGGAUAAAGACCUUAAGCAGUAUCUGGAGGAUUGUGGCAACUCUAUCCACAUGCACAAUGUGAAGCUCUUCCUGUUCCAGCUGCUGCGUGGCCUCAACUACUGCCACCGCCGCAAAGUCCUCCACAGAGACCUCAAACCCCAGAACCUGCUCAUCAACGACCGCGGAGAGCUCAAACUGGCUGACUUUGGCCUGGCCCGGGCUAAGUCCAUUCCCACCAAGACAUACUCCAACGAGGUGGUGACGCUAUGGUACCGUCCCCCAGACAUCCUCCUAGGAAGCACUGACUACUCAACGCAGAUAGAUAUGUGGGGAGUGGGUUGUAUCUUCUAUGAGAUGUCUACAGGCCGCCCCCUGUUUCCUGGUUCCACAGUGGAGGAGGAGCUGCACUUCAUCUUUAAACUGCUAGGUACACCCAAUGAGACAUCCUGGCCUGGAAUCACCUCCAAUGAGGAAUUCAUCUCAUACAACUACCCCCGGUACAGAGCCGACUGUCUACGGAAUCACACACCAAGACUGGACAAUGAAGGAGUGGAACUGCUGUCCAAACUGCUGCAGUUUGAGGGAAAGAAGCGCAUCUCAGCAGAGGAGGCCAUGAGGCAUCUAUACUUCCACAGUCUGGGAGACCGAGUCAUCACACUGCCUGACUCUACAUCAAUAUUUUCACUUCAAGACAUUCAGCUGGAGAAGGAGCCCGGCUGUAGAAGUAGCUCCUUGUCUGACUCAGUGAACAGCAUAUCUCGACGACAGAGCCUGCUUUUCUGAGUGGAGUGAGACAGAGACGGACGAACGAGAGGACGGGAAGCUGAGACAUUUCUGUGUGCGAUGAAGGGAUACAUAUUCAUCAUCUUUAUACCUUUUGAAUUGUCAUUGUUGGUCCAUUUAGUGUUGAGAGGUUCACUAGCUGUUUACAUGUAAGACGAGGCUGAGGAGGAUACCUGUUUUUCUUCUGUGUUUGCUCUCAAUAUGCACUCUCUCCUCUAUAUAGAACAGUUUACUGUCACAGACACACUUUUACCAUCACGUAUACUGUAAAUGCUGACAGGCAAAGAAAGCCUUACCAUUUUUCCUUGUAUAGCUAACUACUGUGAUUUUUAGUUUACAGGCUGACAUAAUUGCAGCCCUGUAUAAUUACAUUUAGACAUGUCAGGACAUUCUUUGAAUGCAAUAAUCAUCACCCGUACAUUUUAAUGGAUUUGGACCAAAGUUUUCGACUCACUUAAAUUAUGCACAAUGCUAUUGUAAUACCCCUAGCUAGAACCUUUCUAUUUGUUAUUGUAUAAUACCACAAUGAAGGAAUAAUUUGAAAAAUGACAAGGCUUGAAUAAGUGAUAAGUUGAUUAGAGUUGUCUUCUAAUUGAGGGGGGGAAUAAUACGGUGAGGCUGAAGUGUCUCACCUUGGUCUUCCACACCCCCAUUUCCACCACAGCAAGGUAUUACAGUCUAGCCCUCCCAUUUCCACCACAGCAAGGUAUUACAGUCUAUCCCUCCCAUUUCCACCACAGCAAGGUAUUACAGCCUAUCCCUCCUAUUUCCACCACAGCAAGGUAUUAGUCUAUCUCUCCCAUACCUUCCCAUUUCCACCACAGCAAGGUAUUACAGUCUAGCCCUCCCGUUUCCACCACAGCAAGGUAUUAGUCUAUCCCUCCCAUUUCCACCACAGCAAGGUAUUACAGUCUAUCCCUCCAAUUUCCACCACAGCAAGGUAUUACAGUCUAUCUCUCCCAUUUCUACCACAGCAAGGUAUUACAGUCUAGACCUCCCAUUUCCACCACAGCAAGGUAUUACAGUCUAUCCCUCCCAUUUCCACCACAGCAAGGUAUUACAGUCUAUCCCUCCCAGCUCCAUCAAUCCAAGGUAUUACAGUCUAUCCCUCCCAUUUCCACCACAACAAGGUAUUACAGUCUAUCCCUCCCAGCUCCAUCAAUCCAAGGUAUUACAGUCUAUCCCUCCCAUUUCCACCAUAGCAAGGUAUUACAGUCUAUCCCUCCCAGCUCCAUCAAUCCAAGGUAUUACAGUCUAGCCCUCCCAUUUCCACCACAGCAAGGUAUUACAGUCUAUCCCUCCCAUUUCCACCACAGCAAGGUAUUAGUCUAUCCCUCCCAUUUCCACCACAGCAAGGUAUUACAGUCUAGCCCUCCCAUUUCCACCACAGCAAGGUAUUAGUCUAUCCCUCCCAUUUCCACCACAGCAAGGUAUUACAGUCUAUCCCUCCCAGCUCCAUCAAUCCAAGGUAUUACAGUCUAGCCCUCCCAUUUCCACCACAGCAAGGUAUUACAGUCUAUCCCUCCCAUUUCCACCACAGCAAGGUAUUACAGUCUAUCCCUCCCAUUUCCACCACAGCAAGGUAUUACAGUCUAGCCCUCCCAUCUCCGUAAUCAUUGAAGGGUUAGUUUAGUACCAGGUAGAUUAAUCCCAACAGUGUCAUGGUGGCAUUUGGGGGAAAUCCUCAUGUUGUAUUUAUUUAUUUAUUUUCAUAAUGCUGUGCUUGGCUGAUAUGGUACAAUGGUUUGAAAGAAAAGCACUUCUGUUCUAUUUUCACACAACGUUUUGCAGUUCUCUGAGGAAUCCAUAGCACUUACAGGAAUUCUCCUCAUUCUUGCAGGAAUUCUGGAAUUUGGGGAACCGUUGUACCAAAAACCUGGAGAUGGCGUUCUCUUUAUUGAUUAUAUAGACAUGCAUCCAAUACAAAUUGAGCUUCCACGGUGAAACAUCACAACCCUGAUAGGUUUAAUGACUCUUUAGGGCACAGGGUACAGUAUUGUUGGGUGUAAUGUAAUUGUGUUUACACAUCUACCUGUUUGGAGUGAAAGAGACAGUCUGCAAAUGUCCCCACUAUGUACAGGGUGAUGUGUGGUCAUCAUUCUGAGGAGAGUGAGAGAGUGCACCAGACACAGUGUCACUACUUUUACACCGCCUGCUGAUGUAGUUAGCCCACCUAUUAACCACGGCUGUUGUUCUAUAGCAGUGGUUCCCAACCUUUUACCCAUGUACAAUUUACCAGUAGGCCUAUGGUCUCAUGAGUCUUCUCAAGUACCCCCUGUGGAUAGGCCACGUUCCCGUGGUUGGGAAACACUGUUCUAAAGCACUUCCGUAUGUGGAAUCUGUGAAAACCAAAGUGAACAUUGCAUAAAACUGUCAUCUGACAUUUCUGGCUCGUCGUUUUGAAUGGGGAUAGAUGAUGUGUUUCAAACCUCAAAUAACCAAAGUAUACAUUUUUGGAUUGAGGUGGUAACGUGGAGAGAAAUGCAGUUGGUUAUGAAUUCUCACCAUCUCAACCAUUGGGUUAGUUUGGUGGGUUGGGGUGUGAUCCUAGCAGCGAGAUGUUGUGAACUUAGUAAGUGUGAAUGAGUGAGCGUGUGCUGUCUGUGUGUGUGUGUGUGUGUGUGUGUGUGUGUGUAUGUGUGUGUAUGAAAGAGCCAGAGUGAGAGAGUCAGAGCAGAGGAUAUGUGUCGUGAAGCACGGCAAUGUUAUAUUGUGGAAAAAGAAUAUGGUAUGUUGUAAAUAACCUUAGAUUAUUUUACGGAACCGAGCAGAGGACUGUGCAAUGAGAUGAGGAUACUCUUCUCAUUAUGUCAUUUUGAAGAUAAGAAUAUAGUUUUCUUACGAUGAUCAUUGAUUAUAUUGUUAUUGUGCUUUUAAUGAGAAAAGGUUUAUUUGUUCAUAGAAUACAUAAUCAGUGUAGAUAUUUGCAUUUUAUGUUUAUAAUUUGUUUUCUCUGAUGGUGAAAGGGGCUCUUCCAUAUACAUUGUCAGAAGAAGCAUGGAUAUGUUGCCAUGGAAGGGCUAAUAGGUUGGUCGUGAAGUCGCCUCUUGUCCCAUUUUAUAUUUCGCAAUAACUGUUGUACUACGCAAUAACAAGUUGUACAGUACGUGAUCCCUGUCCAAAUUUACCAGUGGAUUGAAUACUUUAUAUCUAACACAAAAACAAUGAAGUCACAACUUUAAGUAGAACAAAAAAAAGAUACUGGAGACUGUUUUAUUGCCCAUUGUCACUUUUACAUUUGGAUUCAAAGAGUGAGAUUUUGAUAUCACUGUUGACAAAGCGCUUCGUUUUUCUUUUAUUGAGCCAAGAAACAAGAAACUUCUUGUAGUUUUCAGUAUUGAUAAAACUGUUUGACAUUUCUUUAUAAAGCAAAACAAGUUCAAUUCUAAGGUGUAGUGUAUGUGCCGAGGUUAAGACCAUGUUCUUCAGUUGUCAAGGAGAGUUGGAUUACAGAUUGGACAAUGCAAUGAGACUUGGUUUUGAAGCAGCUUUACCAUACAGCCCAGCAUAUCUAAUGGGCAUGUGAUGUGUUGAUGAGGUUGAAAAGGUAUGAACAUGUACUGUAAACUGGUGUGUGUGUGUGUGUGUACAUAUGUAGGUACUGUAAAACAUACCAUUUGAAAAGGAAUUUAAACAAACCCAAGCAAUACAUUUGGCAAAUGUCUGAUGCAGAAGCCAAACAAGUUGGUGCUCUGAUAGCAUUUAGGAAUGGCAUGUUAUGUGGAGGCUACAGUACACAGCAAUGUGAUAGGAUGUUUUUCCUAUAGUUGGUUGGGAAAACUGGGCCAUAUUCAGUAGGUAUAACACUACAGGAAGUUGCAGAUAUAAAUGGAAUGUAGCCUAUGGAGCAACCAACACAUUAGACUGGCAUUUUUCUCUGACACGUUCUUCAUGGCUGCACAUCUGAAUAUGUUUUAGAUCUGUGUGUAUAUUGUAUGAAUAUGUAAAUGCUCAAGAUGUUUUGUGAAGAGAAUGUUUUGUUUGAUAGGCUCCGUCCACUGUGUGUAAAAACUGGAUUUGGAUAUUCAAAAGCUCUUUGGAUUGCGGCAAUAGUUAUUAUUUUUCCCAUCUGAGCAGCGGUUUGGAAAGGACUACAGUGUAAAUUGUCAAGUGAAAUACCAUGCCAUCAUGAACCUGUGGUUAUUAUAUCGGUGGCACACUGAAAUACCACACCAUCAUGAACCUGUGGUUAUUAUAUCGGUGACACACUGAAAUACCACGCCAUCAUGAACCUGUGGUUAUUAUAUCGGUGACACACUGAAAUACCACACCAUGAACCUGUGGUUAUUAUAUCGGUGACGCACUGAAAUACCACACCAUCAUGAACCUGUGGUUAUUAUAUCGGUGACACACUGAAAUACCACACCAUGAACCUGUGGUUAUUAUAUCGGUGGCACACUGAAAUACCACACCAUGAACCUGUGGUUAUUAUAUCGGUGACACACUGAAAUACCACACCAUCAUGAACCUGUGGUUAUUAUAUCGGUGACACACUGAAAUACCACACCAUCAUGAACCUGUGGUUAUUAUAUCGGUGACACACUGAAAUACCACACCAUGAACCUGUGGUUAUUAUAUCGGUGACACACUGAAAUACCACACCAUGAACCUGUGGUUAUUAUAUCGGUGACGCACUGAAAUACCACACCAUGAACCUGUGGUUAUUAUAUCGGUGACACACUGAAAUACCACACCAUCAUGAACCUGUGGUUAUUAUAUCGGUGACACACUGAAAUACCACACCAUGAACCUGUGGUUAUUAUAUCGGUGGCACACUGAAAUACCACACCAUGAACCUGUGGUUAUUAUAUCGGUGACACACUGAAAUACCACACCAUCAUGAACCUGUGGUUAUUAUAUCGGUGACACACUGAAAUACCACACCAUGAACCUGUGGUUAUUAUAUCGGUGACACACUGAAAUACCACACCAUGAACCUGUGGUUAUUAUAUUGGUGACACACUGAAAUACCACACCAUCAUGAACCUGUGGUUAUUAUAUCGGUGACACACUGAAAUACCACACCAUCAUGAACCUGUGGUUAUUAUAUCGGUGACACACUGAAAUAC